GUUCAAUCAUAAAGAACAAAAUGCUAGAAUGUGUGUCUUGUGCCGAAUGCUCGAAUUUUCUAAUGCGAUUAAAAAAUAUUAAUUAUUAUCUGUAUCAAUAAGACAAAAAAUUCUUUAUACUUAUGUUUAGUCAUGAUAUAGUAUGAAUAAUACGCUUGGUCUCGAGAAAUAAUUUUAAGGAGUGAAAGUGAAUAGAAUUUCAAAUGAUAAAUAUUGGAUUGUGAGCCUGGAACAUCCACAAAAAGCUUUCAUAACUAACAACAGUGAAAAGUUUUAUUGUGGUGCUAAACCUGUGUGGCCGCUUUUCUAGGGUACGAAGAUAUAGUAAAACCAAACUUUGAGUGGAGUGCCUCGGUUGAUAGGCCUGCCGCUGGGACAGGGAUCAGCGCGCGGGGACGAUCUGCGGCUCUCCGCCUUGAGGAAACAUGGAGUGCUGCAUGUCGGAAGAAGCGAAAGAACAAAAGAGAAUCAACCAGGAAAUAGAGCGGCAACUCCGAAAGGACAAACGCGAUGCCAGGAGAGAGCUCAAGCUACUUCUGCUUGGCACUGGCGAAUCCGGCAAAUCAACAUUCAUCAAGCAGAUGAGAAUCAUUCACGGCUCCGGCUACAGCGACGAGGACAAACGCGGGUUCAUCAAACUCGUCUACCAAAACAUCUUCAUGGCGAUGCAGAGCAUGAUACGUGCCAUGGAUCUACUCAAAAUACAAUAUGGAAAUCCGUCCAAUUCGGAAAAGGCGGAGUUGAUAUCGUCAAUCGACUACGAGAGCGUAACAACGUUCGAAAGUCCCUACGUCGAAGCGAUCAAGGCGCUAUGGUCGGACUCCGGCAUACAAGAGUGCUACGAUCGCAGGCGAGAAUACCAGCUCACCGACUCCGCUAAAUACUAUCUAAGCGAUUUGGCAAGAAUUGAGAGUGCUGACUACCUACCGACUGAGCAGGAUAUCCUUCGAGCUCGACAGCCAACUACCGGUAUUCUUGAGUAUCCUUUCGACCUUGACGGCAUCAUAUUUAGGAUGGUAGACGUAGGGGGGCAGAGAUCCGAAAGAAGGAAGUGGAUUCACUGUUUCGAAAACGUCACAUCCAUCAUAUUCUUAGUAGCUCUUAGUGAAUAUGAUCAAAUUUUAUUCGAGUCUGAAAAUGAGAAUCGAAUGGAAGAAUCAAAAGCUUUAUUUAAGACUAUCAUCACGUAUCCAUGGUUCCAACACUCAUCGGUCAUUCUGUUUUUGAAUAAAAAAGAUUUACUGGAAGAGAAGAUUAUGUAUUCGCAUCUUGUAGACUACUUCCCGGAGUACGAUGGUCCACAACGCGACGCCAGUACUGCGCGCGAGUUCAUUCUGCGAAUGUUCGUCGACCUCAACCCUGAUGCUGAGAAAAUAAUCUACUCGCAUUUCACUUGUGCGACUGAUACUGAAAAUAUCCGGUUCGUGUUCGCCGCAGUCAAAGACACAAUUCUGCAGUCCAACCUGAAGGAGUACAACCUCGUCUAAGUGAGCUACAAUCCUGACACAAAUCUGUGAUUAUGUGUUUCGCGUUUUGAACAUCAACACAUCACGGCCGACCGUGUGAAUUAACUAAUGAGGAUGAACUCACUAUCUAAACUGAUUUUUAUGAAAUUAAGAAUAGAUUGUAAGUCAUUUAAUCAAUAUAGCACAUCAUCUUUCGAUCCAGAAGGAUCUCAUUACGCGUCAGGGUUUUUGACAAUUUUUUAUGAUGAAGAAAUUCACAACUUAUGUAUGUGUCUGUAUCGGUGAAUAUUAAAUUGUGCAUUUUAAAGUCGCGGCGAGUCGCGUUGCCGCGUGCUGCUUUUAGUCAUUGUUUUAGAUUUUUUGUAAAGUUUGUUGCCAUUAUAUCUUUCUACAUAAGUAUACAUUUAUUAUGUCCAGACGGAUGGAUUUGAACAAACUAGUCCUAUGCGCACUCUCGCGGUCGGAAGCGGGAGACUCCCGCCCUACUAUUAGGUAUUUAUUUAAUGAUAAUGAGUAACAUUUGGUGGCGACAGAUGACCGACCCGCGUUGCCCUUUCGUUGCGCUUCAUCGGAAGAUAAUGUUCAUUUAUAUAGAUUGAUUGUGUUUUAAUUGACAUUGCGUUACUUUUGUACGUUGGAAUUUUGUUACUCUAUACAUGUUAUGUGUUAUUAUUUAACUCGAUAUGAUGUUCGGAGCGGCGUUCUGCGCGAACGCGCGCAAACGGUUUCGUCGACUGUAGCUUCGUGUGCACAGAGGUCUUGUGUAUUCUGUUCCUUCCUGAUGUUACCUUCGUACCGCAACUCCAUUAUACUAGACGUACGUCUAACAGGUUUUCUACGUUAGUUGUGUAAGGAUAUUUUUGAAGCAUUUGUAUAACUUUUUUUACUAGUAAAAACCCAGAUAACGUCGAAGCUGUAAUAAAUGUGAAUUGUAAAAUAAGCGGUGCCGAUGGUUUUUUCCACUAAUAACAAACAGGAAUGUAAUAUAUUGUACAUUUUGGACUAAAUGUGCUGAGUGAAUUGAGCUGACAGUUCAAUGGCAAGUUUUGCUAUUGGCACUCCGUAACGCGAAGCACGAAUAUAACUAAUUAUACGCCUUUAUUAUUGUUGUCCAUAUUUUAUAGUAUUUUUAUUAUAUCGCUUAUGUGUGUGUUGCUUUGUGUUAUAUAUUUUAGUUACUUUAAUUUAUAGCCGGAGACGAAGUUUCCGUUUUAAAGAGGUAACUUAUUGAAUUAACUUAUUCGUUGUUGUAAACUAUAUUUCUUCGAUAUCCGUUUAGCAUACCUUCACCGUCAAUAGCAAAACUGUUUGCUCGGAGAAGAUACCGCUGUCUGAAAUGCUCAAAAAUAAAUUUGGAAUUAUUCGCACAAAAAAUACCAAGUACCUAUUUUAACGAUGUUAUCCAAGCAGCGUCCGUGUUGGCAUUGUACAUAUAACUCUCGUUUCGUUUGAUGCAAAUGUACAGCAAUAUGUAAUAUUUUGAAGUCGGCGCUUUAUAUAUGUAGUGAGAACCCACGACGCGCCGCUCGCUCCUCCGCUGUGUGCGCGUCCGAACGGCGGUGUACUGAUUGUGUUGUAUGUGUUAAUGCGCUAGUUAGUUUUUAGACUCUUUCGUGCAGUUCUCUCAAAAUAAGUAGUCUAA